AGCCGUGAAAACAUUCCACCAGCGAGAUUCGCCAGAGUCGAGUUUGAUCUCAUCGGACAACAUCGCGUGACGACAAUGGCUUCAAGUUCAGGGGCGAGGUGUCUUUUUCUCUUACUAUCGCUCAACAUAUUUUACUUGUCGAGUUAUGGUUACUUCGAUGGAACUACUCAACCGGAAGUGACCAUUUCUCAAGGGACUUUGCGGGGAAAAGUUGUGACCACCACCCACGGCCGAAAGGUGGCGGCUUUUCUGGGAAUUCCGUAUGGACAACCACCGAUAGGAAAUAGGAGAUUUGCCAACCCGCAGCCAGCGGGUGGUUGGAAAGGAAUUCGAAAUGCUACUGCCGAUGGAAGCAUGUGUCCCCAAAUAGAUAGCAAAGACCUUACCACUGUCAUCGGGGACGAAGACUGUCUGAACCUGAACGUGUUCGUACCGCAGAUACGCAACGGUAAGGACUCCUCGCUACUUCCGGUAAUGGCAUACGUUUUCGGUGGGAGGUUCAUGUUGGGCUCUAUCAACUCAACGAUGUACGGCCCGACGUAUCUUUUGAACCAUGAUGUAGUUCUCGUCUCCUUCAACUAUCGUCUGAGUGCUCUGGGGUUCUUGAGCACUGGCGACAAAGUGGCUUCCGGAAACUGGGGCCUGAAGGACCAGGUUCUUGCGCUCAAGUGGGUGCAGCGUAACAUCAGACACUUUUACGGUGACCCUGAUCAAGUGACACUAUUCGGCCACAGCUCAGGGAGUGCAUGCGUUCAGCUUCUGACGCUUUCGAAAUUGACAAUUGGGUUGUAUGAAAGUGAGGAGUUUUUUGAGGAAUUUGUGGAAAACUUUGAUCACUUACUGUCGACUCUACUGUACUGGACGUAUCAACCGGACUCCGGAGCCGCUUGGAUCAAGGCCGUCAAGUCGUACUAUUUCAAUGACAUUGAAAAAAUGAAUAGAAAUGAGUUCCUGAAUAACUUGACGUUACUCAUUGGCGAUGGUUUGUUCAACUAUCCAGUGCACUCCUCCCUCUUAGAACAGUUUGCAUUGGGAGUGAACCCCCAAUAUUUCUACGUCUUCAAUUAUCGGGGCACCUGGAGUAACACUUACACUUACGGAAGAACUCUUGUGGACUACGGCGUAGCACACGUGGAUGAUCUUGUUUACAUUUUUCCAUAUAUAGACCACAAUGUUGCCUUAGCUCUUAACAAAACCAUUAAUGAAAAUGAUGCGCAAAUGAUAGAAAUCAUGACACAAUUGUGGACAUCCUUUGCGAUUCACGGUAAACCGUUAACCUCGUCUUUUUGCGGAAACACAACAUGGACGCCGUACUCUGAAAAGGACAAUUACCUUCAGAUAGGAAACAAAUCCGAAAUCACGCUAGAAAUGAAACAUGUCUUCUUAAGAGAGCGAAUGCGAUUUUGGGCUAACUUGGUAGAAAGUGAGAUAGAGCCAGAAGCCAUUGUGACGAUCAACUAA